CCAAGCAAAAAUUUUUUUUUUUUUUGCCACACACAAUAUCUUCUGUUGCAAACAUUUCAUUGUUAUUAAAAGUUUUUUUUUCAUUUAAAUUACCGAUCCAUAUAAACAAUUUAUAUCUACAAAAAUGGCCGAUACACUCUUCAGCGAUAGUGGCCGAUUGGUCAAAAUGGAAGUUGAUUAUUGUGAAACGGUCAACGAAAAGCUACCUGUUUGUGAAAAAUUAGCCAAAGAUGGUAAAUUGAAAGAAGCAUUGGAUAUAUUGCUUUCAUUGGAAAAACAAACACGUACCGGAUCCGAUACACAUUCGACUGGUCGAAUAUUAGUGGCCAUAGUUAAACUUUGUUUCGAAGCCAAUGAUUUUGAUUUACUUAACGAACAGAUCGUAACGUUGACAAAACGUCGUUCACAAAUCAAACAAGCGGUAACGAAAAUGAUUCAAGAAUGUUGUAAUUAUGUGGAUAAAAUUUCUGAUAAAGAAAUACAAUUGAAAUAUAUUGAAACAUUACGUACGGUAACUGCUGGUAAAAUCUAUGUUGAAGUUGAACGUGCACGACUUACAUUGAAAUUGGCUCAUAUGAAAGAAUCUGAAGGUAAUGUUGAUGAAGCUGCCACUAUUUUGCAAGAACUUCAAGUUGAAACUUAUGGUUCAAUGGAUAAAAAAGAAAAAGUAGAAAUGAUUCUUGAACAGAUGCGUCUAUGUUUGGCACGUAAUGAUUAUAUACGAACACAGAUUAUUAGUAAAAAAAUUUCGACAAAAUUUUUCGAUAAUCCUGAAAUGCAUGAAUUGAAAUUCAAAUAUUAUAAACUAAUGAUUGAAUUGGAUCGUUCGGAUGAUGCUUUUCUUAACAUUUGUAAACAUUAUAUGGCCAUCUAUAAUACGGAUGCAAUCAAAAAUGAUUUGAAAAAACGUUGUUCAAUAUUGAAAAAUUGUGUUGUUUACAUUAUUCUUACACCGUAUGAUAAUGAACAAUCUGAUUUGAUUAAUCGUUUGAAGCUGGAAAAACCUAUAAAUGAGAUUCCAAAUUAUUUGGAAAUAUUGAAAUUAUUCACUACAUGGGAAUUGAUACAAUGGCAAACAUGGGAAACAUCUGUAUCGCAAUUAUUACGUAUGGGUAAUAAAUCGAAUGAUUUUGAAGCUGAACCAACCGGUGUAUUUCCAUCAUCCACUGAUGAUGGAUGUAAAAAAUGGAAUGUUUUGAAAAAUCGUGUUGUUGAACAUAAUAUUCGUGUUAUCGCCAAAUAUUAUAGUAAAAUUACAUUGAAACGAAUGGCCAAUCUAUUGGGAUUAACACAGCCAGAAACUGAAGAAUCGCUUAGUGCAUUAGUUGUAUCGAAAACCAUUUGGGCUAAAAUUGAUCGAUCAUUAGGUGUUAUAAAUUUUGAACAAAGUAAAGAUCCAAAUGAAGUAUUGAAUGAUUGGUCAACAAAUAUUGAUUCAUUAAUGAAUCUGGUUGGUAAAAUGAAUCAUUUGAUUAAUAAAGAAGAAAUGAUUCAUCAAAAUUAUGGUGACAUGGUGACUGCUUAAGUAAUUUUGUUUUCAAGAAAUUUUUGUAAAUUUUAAUUUGAGAUUGAAAUUUUUUCAAAAAAAAAAAAAGAAAAAGAAAAAAUAAAAUUUUCAACAAAUCACCACAAAUGCCAUCUAUCGCUGGAUGAAGUGAAACCCAUGUUAAACAAAAGAAAUCUAAAUAUACGCUUAUCACGCUUAACACUCUCGCAAAUCGACCAGCUUUUUUACGAAGGAGAGGCACAUGCAAAAAAAUUGGCAAUGCCGCUACCAAUUCUGGUGAUGAUGAUGCAUGCGAGAUUUUUCCGAUUUGUACUUUAAAAAUAAAUCAACGGACUAGCAAUCUAUGAAAAUGUUGAAUUUUUUGUCAUUUCGAUUGUUUCGAUUGUUUUCACAAAACAUAUGUGAAUUUGGACAUAGAUAUUAUUUAAACCCAUCCCAAAUUAUCAUUAUCCAUCGAGUAUCUGGGAUCUAUGAUCUACGUAUACUUGAUCAAUAAAGCUUUAUAUUUCAAUAGUGUCCAAUCCUCAACCAUAGCUGCGAACGUAUUAUCAUCGAUACAAUCAUUACGAUGAUGUCGAGAUCAUCGUAAAUUAUUACAUAUAUAUGAUCUUAAAUUAAAAUAUUGACAUUCCUAACCGGCCCAAACUUUGGCACAGACAUAUUGUCCGGUCACUGCUUUGGGCCCAUGGAUUCACCUUAUAAAACAACGAAUCAUGAAUUUCAUCUUGAUUGAUAAAAGGAGAUCCACGGGUUCAAAGUGGUUGGCCGGACUCGCCGACAUAAUGGGUCCACGAUUUUUCGAAUUAUGCUUGUGACCAUCAAUCAAAAAACUAUUGCGACAAUCAUCAUCUUUUUCAAUCCCGCUGAAGUUCAUUUUUACGAAACAAAGCGCUUGGAAUUUUCGUUUAAUCAACUGAAGCAAUCGACGGACUGGGAGAAGUCAUAAAAAUCGAUUGAUCGACCAUUAUGUCAAUCUUAUUACUCCAUCACAAAAUUUGGAUAUGGAUUUCCGAUGUACGUUGUCAUCAUCGUUAUUUAUGGGUAGAUUUCAACAUUUAUAAUGUCAAUUGCCAUCGUUAUAUCGUUUCUAUCCAAUAUAAUUCAUUUUUGUUUCAUUGUUAUAUUGAUCUUCAUCCUUAUAAUUUUGACAAAUAAAAGUUUUGUUUAUUGA